AGUCCUGGAGGCGAUUGCAGCUGCAAUCGAUGUGGUUCGGUUCAGUUCCCAUUUGAAUUUCGCCGCAACCGGCCAGAAAAUACAAUAGAACGAUGUGCUUCCCACGGGUCAACAACUGGUUGGUGCCCCUCCUAUGGAUAGCUGCGCUUCUCCAGCUCGGAAACUGUUCGCUGGCCACUCCCAGUCCAUCUUCACCCGCACAGGUGCCAACGCCACACACCUUCCGCUUCCAGAAUCCCCAGCAGUGCCUCAAGAAUGAAUACUACAACCUCAACCUCUUCGACUGUGCCCCGUGCAACGAGGCGGGACUCGGUCAUGGAGAUGGAGGUUUGGGGAAACUGCAGCCAGACAAAUUUUCAUGCAAAUGUCCCAUCGGUCAUCUAACCAUCUACGAACGGGGAAAACAGUGGCCCACCUGUGAUGAAAUCUGUACUCCGGACAGGAAUGACAACUGCACUUCCGUGUGGCUACCUCAGCCACGUCCCUCAUCAUCAGUCUGCAUCUAUCGGUACCUGAACUCCACGUCCGUUUUCGCCAGCCAGCUGCCAGUGCAUCCUAUUAUUUCUGGAAUUAUCCUGACCAAGACGAAUCCGUCCACCCCAGAAGGAGACUGUCGCAGCUGUGAUCUUAACUACAAUUUCCGCUUUCAGGACUUUUGCAUAGCCAGCUCCCUGCUCCGUCCGUAUUUGCAUUACAAUUCCUUUUCGCAAGCCAUGCCCAAUUCCAAUACGCCCUCCAACUUCGGUGACCUUAAGUUUGUGGCUUUCUUCUGCCUGACCCUGAGGAAUGAUACAGCCUGUCAGCAUUUGGCGAAUCUUUGCGUGCUUUCGCAUUUCUCGCUGGAGAAGCAUUCGCCGUGCAGCGCCUUUCUGCUCACCCAGGUCUCAGACGUGGUAAUGAAGUACGCCCACUCCGGGGAACAGGCUCGAGCUCUGCAACCGUUCCUCUUCUACAAAAAGGGUCGCGCCACCAAGGAGCUGCUGUCGAAAACGCUCCAGUUGGCGGAUCGGAAGGAUCUGCGUCUUUUCAGCACUACCUUCGGCCUGGGUGGAAAUCUAAAGCGGUGGGGCUCCUUCGACCUGGAGGCGGUUAAUCUCUGCCAGCAGGCAGCACCUUCGUUGCAGCUCUCCUUGCCGAAGGAGAAAUCGGAGAUCUCCUGUAGGUUGACUCUCGAGCGGCUCAUAGAUCUGGUUACCCAGCAGGACAAUGAUGAGUUCUUUACAGUGUACUUGAACUUUAGCAGCAACUGGCAGUUCCUGCUCCAUCAACUACCAGUGCUCAUAGAAACCCUAACUCCAGAGAAUCAGCGGAAUCAAGCAGAAGAGUGGCAGUUGGUCAAGAGAUUCCAACUCAUUUCCGCCUCACCACGAGACAACCGACUCCAAAAAUCGUCAGUCCCGCGUUACGAGGACGCCCACAAGCUGCAGAUGUACCGAUCCUUGCGCUAUGUUGAGGAUCUUGAGAUCCACUACACCGUAGACAAGGAUCAGCCGGAUAGAGUGGGACUCCCGAUCAUCCGUCUGCGCUAUCGGCACAUUGAAUUGGGCUCUGGGAACAGUUCCCUUUCACAGCUCUAUCCUUUCCGUUUAAGGAUGAGCCAGGAGCAAGUGAAACGAGGCUGGGAAUGGUUGGUCCUGGAAGUGGCGCUGCCCCUGCUCUUGCUGCUGGCCCUUGCGGCUGCUGCCUUCCGCCUCCAAAAUCUGCGAAGACGGCGAAAGACAGACCUCUGUCAGAUGAACAGCCUGAUGGAAUUUCUCCUGCAUUUUGCCGGCAAUGUGGCUUAUGCCUUAUUGGGAACUGCUCUCCUGCUUCUCAUCCUGCAAUCUUCCAAUUCACGCCUCCUGAAGUUGCUCAUCUAUCCUGCCUGCCUGCUCCAGCUCCUGUUCCUGGUCAUCCACCUGUGGCGUUCCAGCCAGCUGGAGUUAUUCCUCAUCGAUUGGGAGCGGCCGAGAAGCAGCUGCGAGGGCCAGCGCCUGAACCUGGACAGCUCUUCACUGUGCUCCAGUGUCCGCACUUUCGUGGCCGAGAGCAGUGUCUCGGCUUGGCGAGUCCUCUUCACCGCCAACUCCUGGAUACGGCUCAGCGUGAAACAGAAGUACUCCACCUUGGGCCAGGUGUUUGUCGUAAUCGCUGCCUACCAAUUUCUUGAUCGAUUCACCCACGGGGAGCUGGGUUCCCGCUGCUUCCUGAUAUCGGCCAUCUACCUACUCACCUAUUUUCUACAAAUACUGGCCCAUCGACUCUUUGUGGCCAAUCCCCUGCAGAAGUUCAUCGACCUCUGUAGUCUGGCCAACAUUUCUUUGUUCUCGCUGACUGAGCCGGGAUUUGGCUAUUAUAUUCAUGGCAGAUCCCCGCAUGGCUUCGCUGACACUGACAUGUCCUCUAUGAUCCUGCAGCUACAAAGGACCCAGACCAUGUACGGACGUCGGGGAUUACUUAUGGAUUCUGACAAGCAAGCAUAUAUUAUCCUGCCACCAAGGAACUUGCACAUCUACCUGGAGCGCCUGCUCUUGCCCUUCCAGCGCAGCCUGACCGGCAGUCUGUCCCAGACGCUUCUCUACCAAAAGGACAUUGUGCCCAGUGUGGAUGGCCAAAUGGAGCGCACUUCCAUAGCCUAUGCGAGUGUUAAUCGCUUCUUCUGUGCCUUUAUAGAUCAUGCCAUCAAGGACAUGGACUACAUCAUCAAGGAGAAGUCUUUUGUGGAACAAUUUUUGAACUGCGAAAUCGAUAAUUAUAUUACUGAAAACAAAGGAACUUUCUACAUUGAUGAUUCCCUGAGCUUCUCCAGGGUGCUCCUUCUGGGAAAUCAUUUGAACAUCUUUGUCCUAGAACUCCUUGUUCUCCUAUCUCUCUAUCUGCUAACCACUAGCACUCUGAUAGCAGCUGCCGGGGCUUGUGUUAUUAAUAUGAUAAUUCGCUUUGUAUUUCGAUAUUGGGUGCGACGGAAUGUCUCUCGAAAGACCCUCAUCGACGAGAGGUUCCUAUUGUAGCCCCAGGAGGAAGAGCAACAUCUGCGGGAAGACGGUUUCUUUGCAAUAUAAACGAUAUAGAAGGGAUCAAAUUAAGGUUUGCCAUUGGUUUUAUUUCAUAAUCCACUUGAUAGUAAGUAGUACAUCCAUAUACAGAGGUUAAUCUUUUAUCGUAAAACUUAUCGACUAAAACAGAUAAAAUAAUUUCCAUAGUUUCACAUUUAACAUACAAUUACAUACGCAGAUGCUAUGCAUGAUCUACUUUAUAGUAGUUUUAUUUUCUUUUUCUUUUUCUUUUUUGUUUCUAGGAUAGCACACAUUGUCGUUCAAUUGGGAACAUCGUACAUCGAUAUAUGAAUGGCUAUAUAAUUUCUUGAAUAGGUUUUCCACUCAUCGUCGCUAUUGUGGCAUUGAUAGGAUUAGCAGCCGUAAGUUACCGUCUAGUUUUCGUAUUUCUAGUAGUCCAUUGAGGAUUAUGUUCGUGUCUGCUCUUUGUGUCUUGCAUUGAAAGUGUUUCUUUAUGAAAAUAUUUUUCAUCAUCACGGAUUUGUGUGGUUUACGUUAUAGGUUAGAUCCGUGAUCAUAGAAAACCGUACACAUGUACACCCAUUUAAAGAUAAUUUGAUAUUGUAUGUGUUUAAUAGUGGAUACUGUUUGGAAAAUGUGUAUACUACAUGUAUGGAUCAUUAUUUACAUCGCCUAUGGAAGUCUGCGGACUCCAUCUAAUCAAAAUGGUAAUCAUUAGAUACCCUUUUCUUACAUCUACUGUAUGGUAUGACGUCAAACGUACAACAUCCAAACAUCUAUGCUUUGCUUAUCCGUACCUUAGGGGGUUUGAUUCUUUCGCGGAACUUAGGAUGCUAAAAUGCGGCUAACUUAUGUUGAGGGUCUUCCUAAGUGGUAUAAGAAUGUAUGCGUCGCGGGGGUUGAGCGGUAUGAGCCCUAUUGGAUCCUACGAUGGAUGGUUUAGCGGUCAAUAAAUACAUAUAUAUCGUACAUGAGAAAUUCGAAUGGUGAAUGGAGAAACUGAGCCACAGAAGCUAACUUAACAGUAACUAUAUUAAAGAAUAAUGGUUAAUUUGUUCAUCUUAUUGUUUUUGCUAUCACAAAAGUAAAUACAAUACAACUUCAACAGAGAUGGGGCAUGAAAAAGAUCUGCGCGAAAUCCAAAUCGUUCAAAUCAGAAUCAGGAUGAGGAUUUUCGAUCUCCAAACAGGAACACUUAAAGUUAAAUUUAAAUCUCUACCGGAUCUCUCUCUACAAAGUAUACAUAUAUCAAUAUUCAUAUCAAUAUUUACGGAUAUUCAACACUUAGACUUUAGCUACAAUUAUCUGAAUUCAAAUACCGAAAUCCAUUUAUUCCAUUGUAUGUAAUAAUAAAAUCAUAUCAAAUGA